GCAAGACACCUGUAUAUUUGUGACUUCCAUAAAAACUUAAUUCAGAGCGUGAGAAAUAGAAGAAAGAGGAAAGGCAGCGAUGAUGAUGGCGAUUCACCGGUGCAAGACAUCGACACUCCAGAGGUUGAUUUAUAUCAGUUACAAGUAAACACACUGAGAAGGUACAAAAGACACUUCAAGCUACAGACCAGACCGGGACUUAACAAAGCACAGCUCGUUGAAAUAAUUGGCUGCCAUUUUAGGACAAUUCCAGUGAAUGAAAAGGACACCUUAACAUAUUUCAUCUACUCGGUGAAGAAUGACAAGAACAAACCAGAUCUAAAGAUGGAUAGUGGGGUUCAUUAG